AUGAAAGGCAUUGGAGGUAAAGGUGUUGGUGGAAAUGCUAUUACUCACCUUCAUGUGUGUGGGAAUAUUAAGGUCACUAACCCUUCUAUGUGUCGUUCAGGUCCUCCUUUGACAGCCAUAGAUAGGUUCUUAUGGGGCCAACAAAGCCAUUCCCCUCAGAAGCAAAAGCCACAGAACAUUGCAAGCAAUGGCCAUGCAAGUGUUUUUGAUGGUUUUGCUUGUUCAGGUGGCUCAACCAACAAGUGUCUCUGGCCUAACAUUUCUCAAGAAGCCAACUUUAUUGACCAGAUUUUAGCAAAUGAAGUGGCUCUGAAUUGGACACAACACAUCCCCACAUUGUGUGUGAAAGAAGAUGUGCAAGUUUUAGGAAAGAAUGCCAAAGUGGCUGCACGUAGGCCUAAGAAAGGGUCCUCUGUGCCUUUGAUUAAGGGACAAUGGGCUGUUGAAGAAGACAGGAAACUGUUAAAGUUGAUAAAGCAACAUGGUGUAAGAAAAUGGUCUCAAAUAGCUGAGAAGUUGGAAGGAAGGGCUGGCAAGCAGUGUCGAGAGAGAUGGCAUAAUCAUUUGCGGCCUGAUAUUAAGAAAGAUAGUUGGAGUGAAGAAGAAGAGAGAAUAUUGGUAGAAACUCAUUCCAAAAUUGGAAACCGUUGGGCAGAGAUUGCAAAGCGCAUUCCAGGAAGAACAGAAAAUGCAAUAAAGAACCAUUGGAAUGCAACAAAAAGGAGGCAAAAUUCAAAGAGAAAGAACAAAAGGCCAGCAACCUCAAAUGGAAAGCCACAAUCCUCUAUACUCCAAGACUACAUAAAAAGCUUGACUCUCACCAACACAACACCUACCACUCCUUUUGAGGACCCUAUUGCAGCCCAACAACAUCUUGUUUCCCCUCAACUCUCUGAUUCUGUUACCAAUGACAAUUCCUCAUCACCACUAAUAGCUGAAUCAUAUGAUGAUGAGUUGCUUUUCAUGCAACAACUUUUCAAGGACAAUUUCAUUGUUGAAUCUAUUAAUAUUAAGCACUCAAAGAACAAUAACUCUUCAACCUCCUUGGCUUGUUAUAACCAAAGUAAUGGUGAUCAGCUUCUCACUGAUGUCAAUGAAUGUGGAUUUAUUCAUUCCAACCCAAACACGAACUCACAUAACAUGUUUUUUGAUGAGAAUCUCAUUAUCCCUAGAAAGACUCAUCCUACCCCUACCAACUACCUUGAUUCUGAUGCCUAUCUCUCUCACUUGCUGAAUGGAACUGCAGCUUCAUCACUUUGCUAUAAUUAUGGGAUUGAAAACCAUAAUAUGGACUUGGAUGUUGGAGAACAAGGUUGUUUAGAGGGAAAGAGAGAGAUCGAUUUGAUAGAGUUGGUUUGUUCAGCUCAGCUUCUCCAUUAG